AUGGAGCCCAAGGAUAAUGACCUUGGAAGUAGCUUUGAGGAGACGGUGAGUGAUGAUUCUCUUACCGUGCCUCGAGGUUUGACAAGGCAAGUCCUGCGGGAGAUUGGGCGGAGUGUGAGGAGACACAAACGUUCUCCUACACCUAUGGGGUGCACUAUUGAGAGGUUCACACGUAUGCAUCCUCCGACGUUCUCAAGGGGACAUGACCCGACGAUAGAAGAGGACUGGUUCAAGAAGAUUGAGAGGAUUUUAGAGGUCUUACACUGCAUGAACAGGGUGGAGACCCAAGUCAUGGAAGAGGGAUUGUCUAUAGCCACACCAUCUGGGAGUAUAUCAUUCUGUAGGAGGAUGUUGAAAGAUUGCCUAGUGAUUCUAUCGGCAUUGCAAGAUAGGAGAUUACUCUUGCAUGGAUGCCAGGAGUACUUAGCUUGUGUGAAAGAAUUGGAGCGGGAUGAGUUAAGACUCGAGGAUAUUCAGGGAACGCAGUUCUUUUCGAAGAUCUAUCUACAGCUAGGAUAUCAUCAGGUGAGGGUCAAAUCUAAGGAUGUAGCGAAUACCGCUUUCCGAACUCGAUACGGCGACUACGAGUUUCUAGUCAUACCUUUUGGGUUGGCGAAUGCUCCAACAGUAUUCAUGGAGCUUAUGAACAGGGUUUUCCAUGAGUACUUGGAUUGA